AAAAUAUCAAUGUCUAGUUAGCAACGAGGAAGGUGCAAGUGAAAAACAUAACACAAAAUCAGAUUUUAUUGAUAAGUAUUCACUCAUUGGAACGUAUUUCAUUUUUUCCUGUAAGCUAACUAAUGGCGGAGGGGUUGCUAGUGAUUUUCAUCCUUGCUUCACACUUGUUCGUAUCCGCACUAAUCUUCACAGGAGUCUUAUCGGGGAGUAUCCUCACCAUAGAGAACAAAUGCGACCAAACAAUUUGGCCAGUGAUCUUCUCAUGGCAAUCAAAUCUCUCCACCUCAGGCUUCGCUCUCAGAGCAGGAGAGGCUCGUGCCCUUCAGGCACCGUCUUCUUGGUACGAUCUUAUCUUGGCUAGGACGCUCUGCUCAACCGACACGACAGGAAACUUCUCUUGCGCCACCGGAGAUUGCCAAUCCGGCAACGUGAAAUGUCUCUGGUCAUACGGUUGGUCCGCAGUGACUUAUGUCUAUUUUAGGAUCGGUGACGGAGGAGUCAACAGCUACACCAUCAGUGUCGAGUACGGUUACAACCUCCCUUUAACUGUGAUCCCCUCACAUAGUAGCGAGCAGUGCCGUACAUGUUUCGCCGCAGGUUGUAUGGUUGACUUGAACAAGACAUGUCCGAAUGAUCUUGAUCUGUUCACCGGUGGGAAACAGAUCGGCUGCAUUAGCUCGUGCUUGAAAUACGGUACGCGGGAGAUUUGCUGCUCACAUGACUUCAAGUCAAAGCAAAAAUGCAAGCCGACCAUGUACACGAGGAACUUCGAGCGUGAUUGCCCACUCGCAUAUAGCUACUUAUUCAACGAUAAUAACAGUACCUUGACGUGCCCGGACUCAACUGACUUCGUUGUCACUAUCCUUACCAUAGAGAACAAAUGCAACCAAACAGUUUGGCCAGUGAUCUACUCAUGGGAAUCACAGCUCUCCACGACAGGUUUCACUCUCAAAAGAGGCGAGGCGCGUGCCCUACAAGCACCAUCUUCAUGGUACGGUCUUAUCUCUGGUAGGACGCUUUGCUCAAACGACUCAACAGGAAACUUCUCUUGCGCAACUGGAGACUGCGAAUCAAGCAAGAUCGAGUGUCCCGGCUCAUACAGCUGGUCUAAAGUGACUUACGUCUACUUCAGAAUCGACUACGGUGGGAUCAACAGCUACUUCAUCAGUCUUGAGUACGGUUAUAACCUUCCGGUAAUGGUGGUCCCUUCACAGAGUAGCUCGACGUGUUUUAGCUCUGGUUGUAUGGUUGACUUGAACAAGACGUGUCCUGAUAAUCUCAAGAUAUUCAACGGUGCAACGCCAAUUGCUUGUAGUAGCGCGUGUCGAGGGUUUGCAACGCCGGAGAAUUGUUGCACGCAAUAUUUCAAGUCGAAGCAAAACUGCAAGCCGACUUUGUACACGCAGAACUUCGAGCGGGCUUGCCCAUUCGCGUAUAGCUAUCCGUACAACGAUAAUAACAGCACUUUCACAUGCACAAACUCAACUAACUACGUGAUCACGUUUUGCCCCUCUUCCGUUCCCAACAUCAACAGAAACUCAGUGGGUCCAUUAGCAGGAGGAAAACAUAAUUCUCUACGGAAGUUAAAACCCAUACUCGGAGGCUUAGCAGCUUUAACAGUGAUAAUCAUUAUUGUUGUUAUUGUGGUAGUGGUGAGAGCAAAGAAUACGAGAAGAAAGAGUGAUUCCACCGAUGAGAACAUUGAAGCGGCUGUAAUGUUGAGACGAUAUAGUUAUGAAAACGUCAAGAAGAUGACAAACUCGUUUUCUCAUGUUCUAGGGAAAGGAGGAUUUGGAACUGUUUAUAAAGGAAAAUUACCGGACACAAGCGGCCGAGAAAUUGCACUAAAGAUCUUGAAUGAGUCGUCAAAGGGAAAUGGAGAAGAUUUCAUCAAUGAGUUAGCCAGCAUGAGUAGAGCGUCUCAUGUUAAUAUCGUUUCUCUGUUUGGAUUCUGCUAUGAAGGGAGCAAGAGAGCUAUCAUUUACGAGUUCAUGCCGAAUGGAUCUCUUGACAAGUUUAUUUCCGAGAAUAUGUCAGCGAGGAUGGACUGGAAAACGUUAUACAACAUUGCUGUAGGAGUUGCUCGUGGCUUAGAGUACUUGCACAAUAGUUGUGUAUCGAAGAUUGUGCAUUUUGAUAUAAAGCCACAGAAUAUACUCAUGGACGGAAAUUUGUGCCCCAAGAUUUCGGACUUCGGUCUUGCUAAGCUCUGCAAAAACAAUGAGAGUAUCAUUUCAUUGUUAGACGCGAGAGGGACCAUAGGGUACAUUGCUCCUGAAGUCUUUUCUAAGAACUUUGGUGGAGCUUCCCCUAAGUCAGAUGUGUUUAGUUAUGGAAUGGUGGUUCUUGAGAUGAUUGGGGCAAGGAAUAGAAAGAGAGCUGAAACUUCUAGGUCUAAUAAAAGUUCAAUGAAUUUUCCAGAUUGGAUCUAUGAGGAUCUCGAGAGGAAAGAGACCAAUAGACUUGUCGGAGAUCAUAUAAUCGAAGAAGAAGAAGAGAAGAUAGUGAAGAAAAUGGCAUUGGUGGGUUUGUGGUGUAUUCAGACAAUUCCAUCUGAUCGUCCACCAAUGAGAAAAGUCGUUGAAAUGUUAGAGGGAAGUCUAGAAGCUCUUCAGGUUCCACCUAAACCUCUCUUGGAUUCACAUCUGGUGACAGCUUGGAAAACUAUUGAAGACAUAGAAGACACUUCUAGUCUCUCAACACAAAGCUUGUUAGAGAGAAAAAAUAUUUCGACCGGCCAAGAUACUCUAACCGUUUCCAAAGAAGCCGUUUAA